AUGGGCCUCGUAACCGCCUACCAACUCGCGCGCAACCUCCCUCGCUCUACGCAUCGCAUCAAGAUCAUAGAACAACAUCCCAAGUCGUCCCAAGACAACUAUGGACGCGCCAUCACCCUCUUCCCAAGGACGACUGAAAUGCUCGAUCAACUUUCUCUGGCGGAUUCCCUUGCUCAGCAGUGUUUUGCUUGUCGCGAGACCGUGAACUACGAUAAGCAUGGCAAUGAGGUCGAAGGAAGAGGUUGGGCGUUCAUGGAGAAUAUGAAGGAUACCAAGUGGGACUUCGCCCUGGUGCUACGUCAGAAGUACCAGGAAGAGGUGUUUAGGAAAGCACUGGUUAAGGAGGGGGUACAGCUUGAUGCGCCGUAUACCCUGGUGGGCAUCGAGAUUGUAGGCGGGGUUGGGAUGGGUGGAUAUCGCAUACUGGCUACAAUUGAACAUGGCGAGACAAAGGUGAAGAGCGUAGUCAGAUGCCGAUAUCUGGUCGGCGCAGACGGUGGGCGGUCUUUCGUACGACGAGCGAUGAAGAUCCCCUUCGAUGGCUCCUCCAGCGAAGACAAGUGGGUACGCGUCGAUGGCGUUAUCGAGACCGACCUCCCCAAACCGCGAACGUACUGCGCCAUUGAAUCGCCGACACACGGGAACGUCCUCUGGGCCGCGUUAGAUCGAGGCGCCACGCGCAUUGGCUUUUCGUUCACGGCAGAGCGUCAGAAAGCAUACAAGGUGUUUGACGAGGAAGCUGCUGUCAAGGAAGCCAUCGCGUCAGUCAAGCCGUUCAACCUCAAGUUCAAGCAGGUGGAUUGGUGGACCAUCUACGUUGUUGGGCAGCGCAUUGCGCGGUCAUUCUUCGUGAAUGACUGCAUCUUCCUCGCUGGUGACGCAUGCCACACGCAUAGUUCGGGUGCAGCACAAGGCAUGAAUACCGGCAUGCAUGAUGCCGUCAAUCUCGGUUGGAAGCUUUCCCUCGUGCUCCAAGGUCUCGCCAAACCCGAUCUGCUACACUCGUACGAAGCAGAGCGACUUCCCAACGUUCAGCGACUGAUCAACUAUGACAAAGACAUCUCGCGCCUCAUGACGAUGCAAUUACCCGAGGGCUGGACUGGCGACCCGAACGCCGAUCCGAAUGAGGUACUAGGAGUUGUCAUGGCCGAAGCAGCGACAUUCAGUAGCGGACUGGGUAUAUACUACGAUCCAGACUCCUACCUCAACCUCACCCAGUGUUCUGGUGUAUCCUCGGUACAGCCUGGUCAACGCGCACCAGAUGUUACGCUCCAGAAACCUGCGACUUUCGAAGCUACGCGACUACAGAGUGAGACACCGAAUACGGCGACGUUUUAUAUUGCGCUGUUUGCUGGGGAGGUGGCGCGCACGAAGCUCGCUUUGGCUUCAUUCACUGCUGCGAUGUCUGCACUGCCUUGGCUUAAUGAUGAGGAUGUUCCGAUAUCGUGUCUUUCCAUUAUUGCAGGUCCGGGGGGACCAUCGGCGUAUGAGACGCUGGGUGGUAUGCCGUUCGGUCGUGUGUUCUACGAUGCGGACUGUAGUGCGCAUAUGCGCUAUGGUGUUGCGACUGAGAAGGGCACUGUAGUGGUGUUGAGACCUGAUGGGUGGGUUGGCACGGUUGUUGAGCUGGAUGGGAAUGCGGGGGCGAAAUUGGAGAGGUACUUUGCUCGGUUUCUGACUGCUGCAGCGGGGGGUCACAAGGCUGAGGCGAAGCUGUAA